AUGUCGGCCAGCUCGGACCGAGGCAGCGGGUACCGGAGAACGAGCUCCACAGACGCCCCGCAGCACCGGCAGGUGGCGGAGAAACCAACCCCACACAGCAGAAGAGUGCGUGGCUUCGCCAGAGAUUCUUCAAGUCUGAGGAGAACCGUGUCGACAAGUGAGGAGAACGUCCCAACGGCUCUGCCGCUGCUGCUGCAUGUGGUCUGGGGUCCGGAGCGACUUCCUGCAGACGAGGAGCUGCAGGAAGUGCUGAGAGGGAAACUACGCAUUCUGCAAGCUGACAGCCCCGAGGUCAACGCUCUGUUCACGGAGCUGUCGACUCAUCUCAUCUCCAUCAACAGUGAAGAGAAAGUUAUUUUUGUGUCAUUCAAAACAUUUGAGGAAAUAUGGAAGUUCACCACAUAUUACACAAUCGGGUUCCUGGGUCAGUGCAUGGAGACUCUGUUGUGGGACCAGAAGUUAUGGCUCAGCUCCUUGGAGGAGGACAUCGCCAUCGAGGUUUCCCUUCAGGAGGACACUCUCCACCUGAUCUACAAAGGCAUCCUUAUGCAGGAAGGUUCAUUGUUUGCUAGUUGUAGUUCCAACCAGAUGUUUGACAGCUCCACCUCUGGAGGUGACCUGUACCUGGAGCAGGGAGACAUAGCCCAGUUUGAGCCUCCAUUCCUGGGCUCGGGGUGGACCGUCCUCUGCCUGGCCGAUGGAGCCCGAGGCACUGCACCCAAACCGGGUCUCGAGCCGGUGGUCCCUUUUCAUCAAUGGUUUCUCAAAUCCUGUGCAGAGAGCAUUUUAGUUGGUGAUGGGAAACCCUCGUGUGACUUCCCUCUGCAGUUUGCCAGAGGAAGCUGUCUGGCCACAGUGGAGUAUGAUGCUGGGGGCCCAGAUGAGCUGAGCGUGGCCCCCGGUGAUCGCAUCAUCAUCGUGGGACUUCUGGUGUCUUGUUUCGAUUGGUUCACAGGGAGGAAGGAGGCGACAGGAGAAGUGGGUCUGGUCAAGACAAGCCUGGUGAAACCGUACACUGACAUUUAUGACUCAGCAGAUAUCUUUCUGGAUGGAGAGGAAGAGACGUUCUUCAGUCUGCAAGAGGACAAAGUCAUAGAAGAAACAAAUGCCUUAUUGAAGAAGAAAUCUCACAAUGAUAUUGGUCAUAACUACAAACUUGAUAUGAUCAGUUACCAAGACGCGGAGGAAAAAACAUUACUCAGCUCUUCAAGCAACGUUAAUACUCAGCAGACUGACUUGAAGACAAAUAUUCAGAGGGUUCUUGAUCAAGGACAAGACUCAUUGCCAGCUUCCAUGGUGACCGUGAACGGGACUCCAGCGGACUCCGUCUUGGCUACAGAAGCAAAAGGCCCGAGUCCUCCCUGUUUCACUGUUCACCCAGUUGUAGAAGGAGACAACAACACAGACAUCUUUGUUCCGCUUCUCUCUUUCUUGGAGGGACGAGACUACAAAGUGGAGUUUAUUACCCUGUAUGGACGGAGUUCUGAACUCCUGGCGUCCUCUACCUUCACCGGUCACUCGGACGAGGACGAGCUGAUCGCCUUCCUAAGUGUUGCCAGGGAAACAGCCAGGAAGAAGCGACUCCUUUGGUCACACACUCGUUUGUGCUUUCUGCUGGGUAAGCUCUGUUCUGGAAGGUCAAAGUUUAGCCAGGCCCGGGUGUACUUUGAGGAAGCCCUCGGCGUGCCACGAGAAGGCUUCGCGGACCUCCGGCUGUUGGCCAGCAUCUACUCCAACCUGGUCACCAUAUACCUUUUGCAGAAAAAUACCGAAAGCUUCUUUGCUCUGACAGAGCGACUUGUUGCUUUGCUAUUGGGAAUCCCAGACUGCCUGGAAUGCUUAGAGGACAACUCCACUCUUAAAUACAUCCUCAAGAAAGCUGUUCUGUCUCACAACAAGAUGGCAGAGGCCCGGGCUUGUCAUCUAUUGGCGAAGCACCACUGGACUCGUGCUGAAGGGGUAGGAGUCGUUCCUUAUCUUGAGAGACUGCUUGUUCUCUGCGCUGAAGCCCAAAGGACAUGGGGCAACUCUCCCAGUCACGAAUACCUCGCCCUGGGAAGGCUCUACAGCGAACUCCGACUUCCCCACCUCAGUGUCAGUUCAGCCAGCAGAGCUUCUCAGCAGCCCUCUGCUACACUGACGGACUGCCUGAGCAGCAUGCGUCUACUUUUGGACAAUGUCAACAGGCUGAAUGGGAUCGCAGAACAGGAAGCCAGCAUCCCACCUCAAGGGGCUCCAUAUUUACACCGAGCCCUCUCUUCUAACAAAGUCCAAGGAGGAGGAAGUGAUCAGCACCAUGUUUUGAGCCACCAGCUUACCGUUUGUCUGUGCCAACUCUUUUGCGAGCACAGAAUGGUUGGACGCGCUAUCGGCCACAUGCAUACUCUCAUCGACAGGAAUCCACCCUCUCAGCGACCCCCCAUCUCAGUCCCAGAGAGAAACGGUACCCUCAUCUGGCUGGCAUGGCUGCACAUUGUCAGCAAGCAGCCAGAUGUUGCUUUGGAUAUCCUGGACGCUGUCCUCGCUUCCAUGCCAGAACACUGCACUACCCCUCAGGAAGGGGUGGUCCUCAACAUGCGUGGCGUGGCGCUGCGAUGCACGGGUGACCUCCGGAGGGCGGCAGAGAGCUACCAGGCUGCUGUGGACAUCUGCCAAGAGUAUGAGGACAUGCCAAACUGGGCUGUAGCUCAGGCUAACCUGGGGCUGUUAUGUCUGAAGGGCGGAGCUAAAGGACUGGCGCUGAGACACCUGACUGAGGCGGUGCAGCUCUUCUCUGAGCUGGACGAAGGUCACGAGGCGAACUUCAUCACAGUGCUGCUGGAGCUGGGUCAGCACUAUGUGAAGCAGCACCAGCUGGACUUUGGGAAAGGGUGCUACGAAUGGGCUCUGCUGCUGGCCAUCAAUGCCAACCUGUUAGACUGCCAGCUCACUGCAACCAGACACCUGUGCCAUCUGUAUGGGUGUGAGAGUCCAGACCAGGCCCAGUGUAUCAUCUACAGCCAGCACCAGGUCCAGCUGCUGACACACACAGGAGACAGAGGACAGGAGGGAGAGGCACUGGAAGCCAUCAGCCAGCUCUACCUCACUCUGGGCACAGAAAGGGCAUACAGGGCAGCUCUCGGCUACACCAAGACCAGUCUGGGUAUUUUCAUCGACCUGGGCUGCAGGGAGAAGGAGGCGUACGGCUGGCUGCAAGCGGGAAAGAUCUACCAGCUGGUGGACCAGAUUGAACUUGUGGACCUUUACAUUCAGGUAGCUCAGGAUGUCGCUCUGAGUACCGGAGACACCGGGUUCCUCCUGAAGCUUCUGGAAGCUGCAGGAGACAUUUUCUUCAACAGCAGCCAGGAGCGGGACAAGGCUAUCACCUUCUACAGGGACCGUGCUCUGCCCAUCGCAGUGAAGAGCAGCAGUGUACGUUCCAGGCUGAGGUUGUGCAACAAGUUGACUGAACUGAUGCUCAAUCUCAAGCUGUAUGAGGAAGCUGUGGAGUUUGCUCAGACUGCACUGGAUAUCAGUAUCACUCUGGGUGAGUGUCUGAAUGAGCGAGUGGCUUACCAUCGUCUGGCCUCCCUUUACCACUGUCUGGACCAGUAUGAACUGGCUGAACACUAUUACCUGAAAACCCUGACCCUCUGUCCAACACCUCUGCGGUUUGAUGAGGAAACUCUGUACUACGUUAGGGUGUACCAGACACUGGGAGACAUCAUGUUCUAUGACCUGAAGGACCCAUUUGAUGCUGCAGGCUACUACCACCUGGCUCUGGCUGCUGCCAUGGAUCUGGGCAACAAGAGGUCUCAGUUGCAGCUGUGCACCCGCCUCGCCACCAUCUAUCACAACUUCCUAAUAGACCGCGAGCUCUCUCUCUUCUUUUACCAGAAGGCUCGGGCCUUUGCUGCAGAGCUGAACGUGAGGAGGAUAAAUAUCUCACCGGAUCAGCAGUACAAGACCACAAUAGGACAGACACUUUGGGAAGUCGCAGAAAACAAUUAA